GCUGCUAAAAACAAAAUAAGAUUACCUUAAUACAAUGGGUUUCGGUUGACGCUGCGAUUGUAUUUUAUAAGCGCUGCAGCUAAAUUACAGUAUAUUCAAACACCGUCCGACCGACCGCGAUUCGUGUCGAUGUCAUCCUGUUUUGAAUUAACACCAAAAAUAUCAUGUUGCUGCUACUCUGCGUAUGUCUUCUGAGCUCAGUACACGCCGGAGCUGGUGGCACGUUACGAGGCACCCUGGUCGAUUUUACCAAUCCAAGGGUACUGGCGCACAUAGAGUCUCUGGCACGUAUGGGAGUUUCCUGCGUGGUCAAAACCAAGCCACCGCCGUCGGACGUCAGGGCCUACCUUACCAACUCCCCCGCGACUACCCACAGGGGUAAGUGCUUCGUGGCCUGCAUGCUGGAGUCCAGUGACGUCCUCGACAGGGGAAGGGUAGACACGGAUAUGCUGGUCGAGCUCGCCAGUCUCAUCAACGGAAGGAACUCUCGCGUGGUACAAAGCCUGAGCUACGCCUCCAGGGAGUGCCUUAGAGUCGUUACGAAAGAAGUUUACAAAGACCAGUGUGAAUUCGGCUCGAAGUACAACGACUGCCUGAACGACAAUAUGAGAGAGUUCAGAUUCCCCGAGGAAAUAGCUAAUGAGUUGCUGAAAGUCAUGCCGUACCAUCGCAUAUCACCAGAUCUACUUUAGAGCGGAAGGGAAACGUUGAUUUUUGACUCAUAUUAAAUUCUUUAACUUGAUAAUGAUUUUGCAAGUUCUGUACGAUUUAAAUAAAAAAAAAUCUUAAAUCCA